GGUAAAAAGUGAAGAUGAGCAAGCCCAAGGCAGAGCCAAAGUUGAUCAAGAUCUUGAAGCCAAAGUAUUUCUCCAAUCCAGAAUCGAAGUGAUUCAUAUAAAGCUAAAUACUUAUCUAUUAAUGAUCUCUCUUAUAAUUUCCGAGUUGCCACAAGAGUAA